UGGCUGUUUUUCUUUUUGGGCCAGAGUUCAUAGUUUCCUCCUUUGACAGGAGGAGUCAAUUUUAGGAUAAUAUUUUACUAGCACAUCAGUUAUUAAAGGAGAGACUCGCUGAGCAGUUUUGGAUUGCACUGUAUCCCUCAACCAUGGACUUAUAUCUAAGGGGUACCUUGUCCAGUUAGUUUUCUCCAAAGAAAACGGAGUUCCAUUUUGAAACAGCCAGACAACUUGGAAAGGCAACCAACAUUACAAAGAAUUUUCACAAAUUUUGAGUUCUCCAACCAGAUUCUUCAAAACUAGCACAUCUUGCAGCCAUGAAAACUUCACUUGCUUUCUACACGAUAUGGAAAAAGAUCCCCAGAUUAUUUCCAAGGUGUUCCAGAUAUCUCAGCUCUCCUAUAUCUGCACAGUACAAAGCUAUAAGCCAGGGACAGGACCAACUACCAGAGUAUUUUAACUUUGCCAGUGAUGUGCUGGAUAAAUGGACUCAAAUAGAAAAGGAUGGAAAAAGGUUGCCCAACCCAGCCCUGUGGUGGAUCAAUGGAAGAGGAGGUGAGGUCAGAUGGAGCUUUGAAGAGAUGGGGCUCCACUCCAGGAAAGUGGCCAAUAUCCUCACCGACCAAUGUGGACUACGCAAAGGCGACAGAAUCCUGGUCAUUCUCUCCCGGAUUCCGGAAUGGUGGCUGGUGAUCACGGCUUGCAUUAGGACAGGAAUUGUGGCCAUCUCCGCAACAUUGCAACUAACUGCUAAGGACAUUGAGUACCGACUCCAAGCUUCGGGAGCCAAAUGCCUCAUCACUACAGAGGCCUUAGGAUCUGCAGUGGAUUAUGUUACCCCACGGUGUACCUCUCUCAAAACCAAGCUGCUGGUGUCUUCUGAAGGCAAGCGAGAAGGAUGGCUGAACUUCGAUGAGCUGCUCAGAGAGGCACCUGCCAACCAUACUUGUGCGAAAACCAAGAUGAAUGAUCCCAUGUUGGUUUAUUUCACCAGUGGAACCACCGGGGCUCCCAAGAUGAUUGAACACACCCAAGGGAGUCUGGGGUUCAGACCCCUCAUUAGCCAAAGAUCUUGGUUGUACACAACCUCUUCGGACCUUAUAUGGAGCACAGCAGAUACGAGCUGGGUGGUGGCUGCCCUGGGUUCAUUUUUUGAUCCAUGGGUUUUGGGAACCUGCGUCUUCAUCCAUAACUCACCAAUGUUAGAAAACACAACCAUCCUAAGAGUAAGAUGACGUUUCUUGAAAAGAGUUUCUCAUGCUUCUUUAUUCAUUGGCAGAACCUAUA